GCGUGGUUUUGUUUUGCUUUCCGUGCGCGACGGCCACACGAUUUUUCCCGUUCGGAAGCAGUUUGAUUUUCCGUCGCCCCUUUCAAAACCGAACAGUUUCAGGAUGAAAAUCAAACCGCACACUAAACCGGGCACGCCGGCAAAACCUCCCACAACGCCCGCUGGGACGAGCAAGCGGCCUCCUGCGGCGAUCGAUUCCAGCCCGGUGAAAAAGUACAGCGAUGAUGGCCAAUCGAUGAUUGUGAACGGGAUGAAGUCGGUGCUGGCGCUGCCGGCUGGCAAUUCCCGCGAUCUUUACGCCACGCAUCCGUCGUUUGUGCGCAUUAUGGACGCGCAAGCCAACAAGAUUCUGCACACGAUUUCGGACGUGCUGAAAAUGCACGACGUGAAGGGGAAUUUCGUGGCACGGGAUCGAGAGGAGAGGUUCGAGUUGCUGCAGGAGUUUAACGAUACGAUACUGGAGCGGAUCAACUCCAACUUGGAUGAGAUUGCGGGGAUUAAGAAGAAGCACGAAACCGUGCUGCUGCACAGCGAGAUUCAGCUUCCGGUUACGCCGCGGCAGAAGGUUAGCGGGUCUUGGAAUGAGAGUAGUAACAGUGGGAAGUCACCGGUGGUGCGAGCGACUCUGGUCACGGGAACGAAUAUUGUGAGGCCGCAAAUUAACUUUAAGGUUCCCGUUGAUAACUCGGCGCUGAAUCCGUUUGUGCCGAAGAUUAAGGAUAAACCAAAUUCGAUGAAGCCGUUGGCGGUCUUGCCGGAGUAUGACGAAGCGGGUAACAUUGUGAGCUACCUGCAUCCGUACGAGUUUGAGCUGGACCGGUUUGAGCCGUCGAAGAAAGCGUUGAAGUCUCUCGAGCCCCAAGAACCGUUGGAUCUUGAAAGUACGCCGUUGGAUUUCAUAGACAAGGAAGAUCAGGUUGGGCCCUUGUUGGAAGAGCUGAAACAAGCCAAGGAGCUCGCCAUCGAUUUGGAACAUCACUCGUAUCGCACCUUCCAGGGAUUUACGUGCUUGAUGCAGAUCUCCACCCGGACUAAGGACUACAUCAUUGAUACGCUCGCCCUGCGCGAAGAGUUGCACGUGCUGAACGAGGUGUUUACCGAUACGAAGGUCGUCAAGGUUCUUCACGGCUCGAUCAGCGAUAUUGAGUGGCUGCAGCGUGACUUGGCCCUUUACAUUGUGAACAUGUUCGAUACCGGAGAGGCGGCGAAGGUGCUGGAGUUCUCCCGGAUAGGAUUGCAGUUUCUGUUGAAGCACUAUUGCAACAUUGAAACGGACAAGGCGUACCAGCUGGCCGAUUGGCGAAUCCGUCCAAUCCCGAAGAACUUUAUCGAGUACGCCCGCAAGGACACCCACUAUCUGCUCUACAUUUACGAUCGUAUGCGGAACGAACUCAUCGAGAAGGGGGCCAGUUUCCUGCAAACCGUGUACAACAAGUCCACCUUCCUGUGCAAGCAUCGUUACGAGAAACCGGUCAUCAACGAGGACUCCAUCAUGAACAUUUACCACCGGUCCAAGCACGUGUUUGACCAGCGCCAGAUGUACGCCUUCCGGGAGAUCCUCUACUGGAGAGACAAAACCGCACGCCUAGAGGACGAAUCCGCCGGCUACGUCCUUCCCCAGCACAUGGCCCUGGACAUUGCUUCCAAGCUGCCCCGUGAAAUGCAGGGCAUCAUCGCUUGCUGCACGCCGGUUCCGUCCCUCGUCCGGCAGCAUCUGCACACGUUGCACGCGAUAAUCCUGAAGGCCCGGGAAAUCCCCCUGAACAAGUCCGUCCCGCAAGGCAUCGUGCAGCAAAAGGACACGCGACACAAGAUUCAGUCCACCUUUGAUAUCAACAAUCCGCUGUUUUGUCCGCACGACAACAGCCAGGGCCAGGGCCAUCUGGAGACGAACUUGCCCACGUUGCUGGACUCGCGCAGCAAGAUUGGCGUGUGCGAGACCGUCGUGAAGAAGCUGCUGAAGGAGUGCCCCGAUGCGAAUGUUUUCGGUCAAUCGAAGACGAGAACACUCGACGAAAAGGGUAGAUCCGCCGUUGAGGACAGUUCAGCUGAUGAAAGUAGAAUGAUAAAGUUCAUUGAAAUGCAGUAUCAGAAGAAGGAAUCCGACGGCAACGUUAGUUUGAACGCCUCGUUGCAUUUGUCAUACCGGGAUCGCAAGUUCAACACCCCAUUCGAGCGUCACCUCGAAACGUACCGCAACCGAGCCGCGGACGAACCCGAACCGGAACAGCAGCAAGAACCGCCCGUUGUCAAACAGGAAGCGAGCGCCGCACCCGUCAAACCCGAACCCGACUCCGAAGAGGCCAAGCAACCCUCGUCGGUUCCGUUGAAGACCCUAAAACGGAAAGAGGACAGCGAGGCUAGAAAGCUCAGCAAGACGGAAACGGGCGAAAAGAUUUGCUUCAACAGCUACGAACCGCCGCGCAAGAAGGAAAAGUCCGACCGACUGUCCAAGGGAGAAUAUCCGCUGCAGAUUAAACCGCUCGUGACGACGGCGAAAAAAGACAACGAAGAUCAGGAUGACGACGAGGAGGACAAUCCUGCUGCUGCGAAUCCUAACGAUAGUCUGGUGCACGGCAAGAAAAACAAAAACCGGAAAAAGUUCAAAAAAGGACGAGCGGCCAACAAGGAGUUCCGGCAGAGUUCGAACCAACCGGUUGCGUCGUUCGACUAUGGCAAGGUUGACUACUCGCGAUUCCAGGGUGGAUCGAAGCCGCUGCCACAGAAAGGAAAGGGCGGUAGAUUCGUCCAGGGUAAAGCUGGUCAGCAGCAAGGUGACGCGAGCAAGGCAGACGGCGGGGAAUGUAGUUCGAACGGGUUGAAGAAAAAUCUGCAUCCCAACAGUCGCAUCGCGAAGGGCAUCAAAAGCAACCAGAAGCUCUUCAACUUUGGUGGGAACAAUCAGAAGAGAAAAUAGUUAGGUUCAUCCUCAGGAUCAUUUGGUAUUCUUUUGUGUAAAAAAGAAGAUUUAAAAUAAAUUUACCAAUUUAGAAUGAUUUAUUAAACAAAGAAG